AUGAGGGAUUCGAAUCUGGAUUUGCAGGAAUCGGGUUGGGAAGAACUUCGAAAGGAAGCGCGUAAGAUCGAAGGCGAUCUCGACGUCAAGCUUUCUUCCUACGCCAAGCUCGGUGCUAGAUUUACUCAAGGAGGUUAUGUUGAUGCUGGCUCACCACCUGUUGGGUCCAGUAGGUCUUGGAAAUCCAUGGAAAUGGAAAUCCAAUCUUUGCUCGAGAAACUAUUGGAUAUAAAUGAUUCCAUGAGUAGAUGUGCUGCAUCUGCUGGACCUGCUACUUCUGUAACGCAAAAGUUGGCUAGGCACAGAGAUAUUCUUCAUGAGUUUACCCAGGAAUUUAGACGUACCAAGGGGAACAUAAACUCAAUGAGAGAACAUGCAGAGCUUCUAGGUUCUGUUAGGGAUGAUAUUUCCGAAUUUAAGACAUCUGGUAGUAUGUCACCAAGGAUGCAGUUGUUACGCGAGAGAGCCGCCAUCCAUGGAAGUACGUCUCAUAUAGAUGACGUGAUUAGUCAAGCUCAAGCCACAAGAGCUGUCUUGGGUUCUCAGAGAGCCCUGUUUGGUGAUGUUCAAGGAAAAGUGAGGCUUCUUGGAGACAAAUUCCCCAUUAUUCGGAGCUUACUCGGUUCGAUAAAAAGGCGAAAGUCAAGGGAUACCCUUAUUCUUUCAGCAGUCAUUGCUGCUUGUACGUUGUUUCUCAUCAUUUACUGGCUCUCUAAGUAA